AAUAUUAGUCAAAUAUAUUCGUUGUGUCCACUUCUUAACUGAGCAGCUUAAUGUUUAUAAAUUGCUCGUAAGGAAGCAUUCAAACAAAGGGUCAGACAGCAGUGAGUCCUUAGUCUGAUCCAGGUGUUGUUAAUUAGUGCUGAGGUAGUGAGGGCGCUCGUGUGGCUGCACUUGCGGGAACACUCAAGUGAAAAUUCAAUGACCACUCAGAUGGAUUAUGCGAUGAGGUCUCUCAGCCUUCUGACUCCGUCCUCCCUCUCCAAGCGUGUGGCAGACAGCGUCUCAGCCAGCGCCUCCAUGACCCAGCAACUCCUGUCGGGUCGAGCUCCUCGGCCAAAACCCUUUAGGGUCACAAAUGCUGAUCGCAGUAUGAAGAAGGGCAUCAUGGCGGACACGUUACAAGACCUGAUGAACAAGGUCAGCGACUCGUUGAGUGCACCGUGCGUCAGCGCCCUGGUGUUGGAUGAAGACGGCACGGGGGUCGACACAGAAGAAUUCUUCCAGACGCUGCCUGAAAACGCUGUCCUCAUGGCUCUAGAGAAGGACAACAAGUGGACCCCACAUCCGAACAGCCUCUCCAGGGAUCAGCUCAAUGCGUGCAAGCCACAGCAGCGGAAAGAUGUGGCCAAGCUGACCUUUGACCUCUACAAAACCAAUCCCAAAGAUUUCAUCGGCUGCCUGAACGUCAAAGCGACCCUGUAUGGUGCCUAUUCUGUGUCCUAUGACCUGCGCUGCUACGCUGCAAAAUCUAUGCUGAAGGAGGUUCUGCGAUGGACCAUCUUCUCCAUGCAGGCCACAGGCCACAUCCUGCUGGGCUCCUCCUGCUACAUCGAGCAGCUGUUGGAGGAGGAGGAGCGGGCAGAGAAGAGCCUGACACUGCCUCAGGAAGGCCGGCUCAGACAGCUGCAGAGCAUGCUGCUGGGAAAGAUAUCCCACUGAUGAUGGACUAGAGCUGACAAUGGUGGAGCAUCGUCCUCUCGUAGACUAAGGGCACAUUGUAGAUGGUCACGGAUGAAACUGUUCUCCACAUGUUCAGUUUCCUGUGAAAUUUGUUGACAUUGCAACAGUCUCACUGUCACUUUCUCGCUCUGUUACAUUUAUGUACCUCAAAGCUGUCACCACAAGUUAUUCCUCAGAAAGCACUUUUACUCACUACUGUAACUUUUUCCUAUGGAGAUAAAUAAAUAAAAGUAAGACUUUU